GGAGAUGCUCAGCAAUAGGAUUACGGGUACGGGUAUUUCUUUACUGCCCCAAUUCCUCUCUGUCUCUCUCAUUCGGUCCGUCCGUGAACCGCGAUUCCCACAAGCACCGACCAAUCAACUUGCGACUACCGGCUGCCGUCGCAUCUGACGGUGUCAGUCUUCCGGUUCACAAUCUCCGGCUGCCGGUUGCCGGUGCCCGUCACAGUCUCUGUCUCACUCUGCGGCUCUCUCUCAGCCCAUCAGUAUAGGAUCGGACGCACCUAUGCAAUUAUGGGAUCUUAUGGGUGCGGCUUUGUGGUUGAGGUUGUGGACGAGGCGACCCAUAGGCUGGAUUAAGAUGUUAUGCAGGUGUCAAAUACUAAUAGGUGAGUGAAGCUUUCGAAAGGGAAAAGGGCUCUAGCAUCGGGUCAAUGUCAAUAAAGUGGGUCCCCGUGGAUGUCUGCUGCGGAUCGUGAAGGACAGACUUUGAUAUAAUUUUGAAGACAAGCUUUGAGGAUUUGUGACUGUUAUUGUCGUUGUUGCUGUUGUUGUUAUUAUCAUGAUGGCUGCUGCUAUGUAUUCCCACUCCCUUCAAUCUCUCAAAGUUUAUCCAGGAGGCAACUUCUUCUCUAGGAGGGAAUAUUGCACAACAAGCCUUAAAAAGAAUACAUCCUGUCUUGUCGUUGCUGGUAUUCCAAAAUUGCGUAAAGAUCUUUUUGUUGCAUCAUCUGAGGUUGAUAUUUUGUUAGACAAUGUGAAAUGGGAUGACAAAGGUUUGGCAGUUGCAAUAGCCCAAAAUGUUGACACAGGAGCCAUCUUAAUGCAAGGCUUUGUGAAUAGGGAUGCUCUAGCAACAACCAUUUCCUCUCGGAAAGCAACAUUCUACAGCAGGUCACGAUCAGAGUUAUGGACAAAGGGGGAGACCUCAAUGAAUUUCAUUAAUAUUCAUGACAUUUUUCUUGAUUGUGACCGUGACUCUAUAAUAUACCUUGGGAAGCCUGAUGGCCCUACUUGCCACACAGGGGCAGAAACCUGCUAUUACACAUCAGCUUUUGAUUUCUUGAAAAAUCCACAGGUCGAGGAAAGGAAGAUGUCUUUGACAACUUUGUACUUGUUGGAAUCUACAAUCUCCCAACGGAAAGCGGAACUGUCAGGACCACAAAAUGAGAAACUCUCGUGGACAAAACGAUUAUUAAUUGACAACAAGUUGCUUUGCUCAAAAAUCAGGGAGGAGGCAGAUGAGUUAUGCCGAACGUUGGAGGAGAAUGAGGAUAAGUCGCGGACGGCCUCAGAAAUGGCAGAUGUGCUUUAUCAUGCCAUGGUUUUGUUGGCACUCAAAGGUGUUAAAGCAGAAGAGGUCUUCCAAGUCCUUAGACACAGAUUUUCACAAUCAGGCAUUGAGGAGAAGAAAAGUCGCAGCAGAGCACAAUAAAUAUUACUUUUUUGUGCUUGUUAUUUAUAUUGAAUGCAGUGGUGUAACGCAUAUUUGGAUCAAUUUAUACUCUGGAGUGGCGUGUUACAUCUCCGGUUGUAAUAUUUUAUAUUCAUCUUCAAAAAGCUUUUAGAGGUUUGGGAUGAGACUAACCUUGAGAUGUUGGAUGAUACAUGGCCAUUAAAAGCUAUAUAUGCACUGCUGCUGGAAAACUAUUAUGAUGGCAUGUUAUGUUAUGUGAAUUUUUUGGUUAUUAUUUUGACAAA